AUGGCAAUAAUAUCUAUUCCUAGUAGCACCACAAUGUUUCCAAUGCCUCAACAAGUACUGAGACAAAAUAGAGAGGUUGUUAUCGCUGAAGAAAUGGGCCGCGCCAGAAUGCUCACCUUGAAUCGGCCUAACCAUUUAAAUUAUAUAUCGCGUGAAGUGGCAUUAACACUUGGGCAGAAAUUUGAGAAAUAUGAGAAUGAUGAUAAUGCUGAAUUUGUAAUCAUCAAGGGAGUUGGUCGUACUUUUUCUGCUGGUGGAGACUUGAAAAUGUUUUAUGAUGGACGAAACGCAAGGGAUUCUUGCCUUGAAGUUACUUAUAGAAUGUAUUGGCUUUGCUACCACAUUCAUACUUACAAGAAACCACAUAUUGCUCUUGUCCAUGGAAUGUCAGUGGGUGGUGGUGCAUCAUUGAUGGCUCCAAUGAAGUUCUCUGUAGUCACUGAGAAAGCGUUUUGUUCUACUCCCGAAACAAAUAUAGGGUUCCACCCAGACUGCGGCUUUUCAUACAUGCUUUCGCGUCUUCCAGGUCGACUUGGGGAAUACUUGGGCUUAACAGGAGAAAAACUAAGGGCUAAAGAAGUGGUUGCUGCUGGACUAGCCACUCAUUUUGUUCCUUCACAGAAAUUAUUUCAGCUAGAGAGGCGUUUGCUCAGCAUAAAAAGUGGUGAUGAGGAUUAUAUUAGAUCUGUCAUCAAUGAAUUUUCCACAAAUAUUGACAUUGAUGAAAGAAGUAUCUUGAACAAGUUGUCCAUAAUCAACGAGUGUUUCUCCAAGGAUUCUGUGGAGGAAAUUAUUGAGUCAUUUGAGGCUGAGGGAAGCAGAAAAGGAAAUGAUUGGAUUAUGCCGGUGCUUAAAAGCCUAAAGAAAGCAUCUCCAACGGGACUAAAAAUAACAUUAAGAUCGAUACGAGAAGGAAGGACACAAACUAUAUCUGAAUGUUUGAGGAGAGAAUUCAGGAUUUCAAUGAACAUACAACGAAACAUAAUAUCUGGUGAUUUUUAUGAGGGCAUAAGGGCUCGCAUAAUUGACAAGGAUAAGUCUCCAAUGUGGAACCCUUCAACUCUUGACAAAGUGCACGAUGCACAAAUUGACUUGAUCUUCAAACCAUUCGAAGAUCAAGAGUUGGAACUUCAAAUUCCUAUGAAAGAAGAAGAAUACAGGUGGAGAGGAAUAUAUGAAAAUUCGAGGUAUUGUCGUCCCAACAAAGUGAACAUUCAAAAGGUGUCUCGAUCAACAUCUCGGGAAAGUGUCCUUGUGUAA